UAAAUACGUAGCCUCCGAGCGGAUCUGGGAUCCGGGCCGACAGAAAGUUGGAAGCUGAAAAAAACAAACACGUAGCCACCCCGGUAUGUUUGUAAAUGGAGUGAUAGCAACUCUCGGAGCUCUGUAACAUGCACCUGGAGUCGAUGUGGUGAUGAAGGCAGAUCUGCGGUAGUUAGUUCAACUUUGGAUGGAGUUUAUUCCCUUAUCCAGCGGAUACAACAGAGCACAGAAGCACUGAGGGGGAUCGGAAUUUACCGGUGACAAGUCUGGGAGGGGGAGAAAAAAAAAGGAAAAGAGGAUCCACUCGUAACAGGAAGAUUUUUUUUGUUUUUAAAUACAUUUUUAAAAGCCUGUCUGCUUUUAAUCAGAGGGAAGCAAGUGAAGAUUUAAAGGCUCAAGUCGAUGAGAAGGAUCUCGGAUACAGGGACAACUCCAACGUAUCCCCUUUGAGUUCUGCUUUGACUUUUGAAGAACAGCUCCGACCAUGGCGAAAAAGUAUGAUUUCCUUUUCAAAUUGUUACUCAUCGGGGACAGCGGAGUGGGGAAAACAUGUCUGAUCAUUCGCUUUGCUGAGGACAAUUUCAACUCCACUUACAUUUCAACCAUCGGCAUUGACUUUAAAGUAAAAACCAUUGAAGUGGAUGGAAAGAAAGUGAAACUACAAGUCUGGGACACAGCAGGUCAGGAAAGGUUCAAGACCAUUACGACAGCCUACUACAGAGGAGCCAUGGGCAUCAUCCUGGUGUACGACAUCACAGACGACAAGUCAUACGAAAACAUUCAGAACUGGAUGAAGAGCAUCAAAGAAAAUGCAUCAGCUGGGGUCAGUCGGAUGUUGCUGGGUAAUAAGUGCGACAUUGAGGCCAAGCGGAAAGUUUCCAAGGAGACAGGAGAAAAGCUGGCCAAAGAUCACGGCAUCCGGUUCUUCGAGACCAGUGCAAAGUCCAGCAUUAAUGUUGAGGAGUCUUUCCUGUCUUUGGCUCGUGACAUACUACAGAAAUCCAGCAAGAAACCAGGCCCCACAGGUCGAGAAGUGAAAAUCACCAGCAGCGCAGAGAAAAAAUCCUCCAAGUGUGUUCUUCUCUAGAUGUGGCUCUGUCGAGCACAAAGAAGAAAGCGCAACACAAAUCAGUAUUACAGGGGGAAUACAGCACAACAUGAUUUCUGUCUCCAUCUGGUGGGCUUAAUGUCAAAUACAUGCUGGAGCAUCAACAAAAUGUUUUUAUACCUAAACAAUCACCUCACCCACUGUUUGUAAAUUUUGGUUAGCAUUGCUAUUUCAGCGUUGUCAGUUCACUGUUUCAAAUUCAAGAGACCGGUGACACAUUGGGCCCCUCAGCAGUUUCAGUUUCAUAUGAAUAUAUUGCAGAGAUGUCAUCAACCCGAAAAUUGAGCUUUAAAUGUUAGCAGAAUUUAUAUUCACAUUUGAAUAUGGUUGUUUAAUGUGAAUCCCCUUUAGAACUGGUGAUAUGUUUCAAUGGUGCACAGCCUCAUAAAAAGAUAAUAUUAAUUAUUGAACACCUUUUACAGUCCAUAACACAGAAAGAUCCUUAUCACAUUCUAUGAGAACCUGAAAAGAUGCUCUACGCGUCAUUUGAUUAAAAAAGCGGUUGUUGGUUGUUUCACUGUCAGUUUAAAAACACUGGUGGAAAACAACCUUUGCUAUCUUAGAUGCAUGGAUUCCGAAUGUGGAAGAUGGGAAGUGAGAUAAGUACAAUAUGAGAGGACGAGUGGAAAGAUAAAAGAAUGAUGGAUAAAGCAAGUGAACGGACAGGAUGUGAGGGCCUGGGAAGCAGUAGUGCUCCCAUGUCCCUCAUUUUGAAUUGAUUUAAUGGAUCUUGCCUUUUAUGUAAAGUGCCUGGUAAAUCUCCCAUUAAACACAACCACACAUUAGUUACAUCUGACCUGACAGUCUCUCUGUAAAGCAGAUUUCACAGCAUUGAAAUGGAGUGUGGUUGCUAGUGCUUUUUUUCCGCCCAGACAUACUCUGUUUCCUGUAACAAGUUUCUUCCACAUCCUGUAUUUUUAUUAUGCAUCAAGAUUUUGUAUGAAGUUUACAGACAUCCUUCUUGCUGAAUAAAAAUGCAAAACUUAACAUAAAA